GGGGCUGUGCGCGCGGCUGAGCCAGCAGCUGGAGCAGCCAGGGGAGCGGCCCGGUGGCCAGCGGGCGGUGGCCGCCAUGGAGGCCGUACCCCGCAUGCCCAUGAUCUGGCUGGACCUGAAGGAGGCCGGUGACUUCCACUUCCAGCCAGCGGUGAAGAAGUUUGUCCUGAAGAAUUACGGAGAGAACCCAGAAGCCUACAAUGAGGAACUGAAGAAGCUGGAGUUGCUCAGACAGAAUGCUGUCCGUGUCCCACGAGACUUCGAGGGUUGCAGUGUCCUCCGCAAGUACCUGGGCCAGCUCCAUUACCUGCACAGUCGAGUUCCCAUGGGCUCGGGCCAGGAGGCCGCUGUCCCUGUCACCUGGACUGAGAUCUUCUCCGGCAAGUCUGUGGCCCAUGAGGACAUCAAGUACGAGCAGGCCUGUAUUCUCUACAACCUUGGGGCGUUGCACUCUAUGCUGGGGGCCAUGGAUAAGAGAGUGUCUGAAGAGGGCAUGAAGGUCUCCUGUACCCACUUCCAGUGUGCAGCAGGCGCCUUCGCCUACCUGCGAGAGCACUUCCCUCAGGCUUACAGUGUCGACAUGAGCCGCCAGAUCCUCACUCUCAACGUCAACCUCAUGCUGGGCCAGGCUCAGGAGUGCCUGCUGGAGAAGUCCAUGCUAGACAACAGGAAGAGCUUCCUGGUGGCCCGCAUCAGUGCGCAGGUGGUGGAUUACUACAAGGAGGCCUGCCGGGCGCUGGAGAACCCCGACACAGCCUCCCUGCUGGGCCGCAUCCAGAAGGACUGGAAGAAGCUGGUGCAGAUGAAGAUCUACUACUUCGCGGCUGUGGCUCAUCUGCACAUGGGGAAGCAGGCUGAGGAGCAGCAGAAGUUUGGGGAGCGGGUUGCGUACUUCCAGAGUGCCCUGGACAAGCUCAAUGAAGCCAUCAAGUUGGCCAAGGGCCAGCCUGACACUGUGCAAGAUGCGCUUCGCUUCACUAUGGAUGUCAUUGGGGGAAAGUACAAUUCUGCAAAGAAGGACAACGACUUUAUCUACCAUGAGGCUGUCCCAGCGCUGGACACCCUUCAGCCUGUGAAAGGAGCCCCCUUAGUGAAGCCCUUGCCAGUGAACCCCACAGACCCAGCUGUAACAGGCCCUGACAUCUUUGCCAAACUAGUGCCCAUGGCUGCCCACGAGGCUUCAUCUCUGUACAGUGAGGAGAAGGCCAAGCUGCUUCGGGAGAUGAUGGCCAAGAUUGAGGACAAGAAUGAGGUCCUGGACCAGUUCAUGGACUCGAUGCAGCUGGAUCCCGAGACAGUGGACAACCUUGACGCAUACAGCCACAUCCCGCCCCAGCUCAUGGAGAAGUGUGCGGCUCUCAGUGUCCGGCCUGACACUGUGAAGAACCUUGUGCAGUCCAUGCAGGUGCUGUCAGGCGUGUUCACGGAUGUGGAGGCCUCCUUGAAGGACAUCAGGGACCUGCUGGAGGAGGACGAGUUGCAGGAGCAGAAGCUUCAGGAGGCAGUGGGUCCAGCUGCGGCCAGCCUGGCUGUCUCCAAGGCUGAGCUGGCAGAAGUGAGGCGAGAAUGCGCCAAGUACAUGGAAGUCCACGAGAAGGCCUCCUUCACCAACAGCGAGCUGCACCGCGCCAUGAACCUGCACGUCGGCAACCUGCGCCUUCUCAGUGGCCCGCUGGACCUGGUGCGGGCUGCCCUGCCCUCACCGGCCCUCACCCCAGAGGACAAGGCUGUGCUGCAGACCCUGAAGCGCAUCUUGGCCAAGGUGCAGGAGAUGCGGGAGCAGCGCGUGUCUCUGGAGCAGCAGCUGCGUGAGCUCAUCCAGAAAGAUGACAUCACCGCCUCGCUGGUUACCACAGACCACUCAGAGAUGCAGAAGUUAUUUGAGGAGCAGCUAAAGAAGUAUGACCAGCUGAGGGUGUACCUGGAGCAGAACCUGGCUGCUCAGGACAACGUCCUCCGUGCACUGACAGAGGCCAACGUACAGUAUGCAGCCGUGCGGCGAGUGCUCAGCGAACUGGACCAAAAGUGGAACUCGACGCUACAGACUCUGGUGGCCUCAUACGAAGCCUAUGAGGACUUGAUGAAGAAGUCUCAGGAGGGCAAGGACUUCUAUGCAGACCUGGAGAGCAAGGUGGUGGCUCUGCUGGAACGGGCGCGGGCUACCUGCCAGGCCCGCGAGGCCGCCCGCCAGCAACUCCUAGACAGGGAGCUGAAGAAGAAGCCACCCCCACGGCCCACGGCCCCAAAGCCGCUGCUCCCCCGCAGGGAGGAGGGUGAGGCCGUGGAGAUGGGAGACCAGCCUGAGGAGCUGCGCAGCCUGCCCCCCGACAUGGUGGCUGCCCCGCGGCCACCUGAUACUUUCCUGGGAGCUGCUACCCCAUUCCACUUUACUCCCAGCCCUUUUCCUCGCGCCACAGGCCCAGGACCCCACUACAUCUCAGGCCCCAUACCCCCUGGCGCCUACUCCAGCCCCACGCAGCUGAUACAGCCCAGGACCACAGGGCCUCCUGCAAUGCCCAUGGCACCAGGGCCUGCCCUUUACCCAGCCCCUGCCUUCACACCAGAGCUGGGCCUUGUGCCCCGGUCCUCCCCCCAGCAUGGCGUGGUGAGCGGUCCCUAUGCAGGGGCAGGGCCACCCCCACCAGUUGCGGGUCUCCCCUCAGCACCACCACCCCAAUUCUCAGGCCCUGAAUUGGCCAUGGUGGUUCGGCCAGCUACUACCACAGUCGAUAGCGUCCAAGCACCCAUCUCCAGCCAUGCUGCACCCCGGCCCAACCCUACUCCUCCUCCCCAGCCCUGCUUCCCAAUGCCCCCGCCCUAUACUUACCCUGUGGGGGCCCAGCAACCCCUGACAGUACCCCCAGCCCAGCACCCCUUCUCCCCUGGGAUCCCCGCAGGAUUUCCAGCCCCCAGGAUUGGGCCGCAGCCGCCUCCUUCUCGAGUGGCCUUUGGCCCUCAGCCGGCCCAGCAGCCCCUUCCGCUCCAGCAUCCACCCCUCUUCCCAUCCCAGGCUCCAGGACUCCUGCCUCCACAGCCCUCCUACCCUUUUGCCCCCCAGUCUGGUGUCCUGGGGCAACCACCACCCUCCUUGCACCCCCAGCUCUACCCCUCUCAAGAGCCUCUGGCACCCCACUCAGGGGCCCUGCCUUUCCCCAGCCCUGGGCCCCCUCAACCUCCCCAUCCCAACCUGGCCUAUGUUCCUGCUCCUUCCCCCAGGCCACUGGGCCCCCAGGCCGCCCCUCUCUCUAUUCGAGGCCCACCUCCUGCUGGCCAGCCCAGCCCCAGCCCCCACCUGGUGCCUUCACCUGCUCCUUCGCCGGGGCCUGGCCCAGGCCCUUCUCGGCCCCCAGCAACGGAGCCACCCCCUUGCCUGUGCCGAGGCACUGCUGCCGCAGACCUGCUCUCCUCCAGCCCAGAGAGCCAGCAUGGUGGCCCUCAGCCUCCGGGGGGUGGGCAGCCCCUGCUGCAGCCUACCAAGGUGGAUGCAGCUGAAGGCCGUCGGCCACAGGCCCUGCGACUUAUCGAGCGGGACCCCUACGAGCAUCCUGAGAAGCUGCGGCGGUUGCAGCAGGAGCUGGAGGCCUUUCGGGGUCAAUUGGGCGACGCAGCUGCUUUGGAUGCUACCUGGCGGGAGCUGCAGGAUGCCCAGGAGCAGGAUGCCCGAGGCCGCUCCAUCGCCAUUGCCCGCUGCUACUCACUCAAGAACCGGCACCAGGACGUCAUGCCCUAUGACAGCAACCGCGUGGUGCUGCGCUCAGGCAAGGACGACUACAUCAAUGCCAGCUGUGUGGAGGGGCUCUCCCCGUACUGCCCGCCCUUGGUGGCUACUCAGGCCCCACUGCCUGGCACAGCGGCUGACUUCUGGCUCAUGGUGCAUGAGCAGAAAGUAUCAGUCAUUGUCAUGCUGGUGUCUGAAGCAGAGAUGGAGAAGCAAAAGGUAGCACGCUACUUCCCCACUGAGAGGGGCCAGCCCAUGGUGCACGGUGCCCUGAGCCUGGCACUGAGCAGUGUGCGUACCACUGAAACCCACGUGGAGCGUGUCCUGAGCCUGCAGUUCCGUGACCAAAGCCUCAAGCGCUCUCUCGUACAUCUCCACUUCCCGACUUGGCCUGAAUUAGGCCUGCCUGACAGCCCCAGCAACUUGCUACGCUUCAUCCAGGAGGUGCACGCACAUUACCUGCACCAGCGACCGCUGCACACACCCAUCAUUGUGCACUGCAGCUCCGGUGUGGGCCGCACGGGGGCCUUCGCACUGCUGUACGCCGCGGUGCAGGAGGUGGAGGCUGGGAACGGGAUCCCGGAGCUGCCUCAGCUGGUGCGGCGCAUGCGCCAGCAGAGGAAGCACAUGCUGCAGGAGAAGCUGCACCUCAGGUUCUGCCACGAGGCAGUAGUGAGACACGUGGAGCAGGUCCUGCAGCGCCACGGCGUGCCCCCUCCAUGUAAACCUGUGGCCAGCACCAGCACCAGCACCAGCACCAGCCAGAAGAAUCACCUUCCUCAGGACUCCCAGGACCUGGUGCUCGGCGGCGAUGUGCCCAUCAGCUCCAUCCAGGCCACCAUCGCCAAGCUCAGUAUCCGGCCUUCUGGGGGCUUGGAUUCCUCGGCGGCCAGCUUGCCAGGCCCUGCAGAGCCCCCAGGCCUGCCGCCCGCCAGUCUCCCAGAGCCCACCCCGGUCCCUUCCUCCUCUCCACCACCUCUCUCUUCACCCUUGCCUGAAACCCCCCAGCCUGAGGAGGAACAGCCGGUGCCUGAAGCCCCCACCUUGGGGCCCCCCUCCUCCUCCCUGGAGCUGCUAGCCUCCUUAACCCCAGAGGCCUUCUCCCUAGACAGCUCCUUGCGGGGAAAGCAGCGUAUGAGCAAGCAGAACUUUCUACAGGCCCAUAAUGGGCAGGGUCUGCGGGCUGCCCGGCCCUCUGAUGACCCCCUCAGCCUUCUCGAUCCACUCUGGACACUCAACAAGACCUGAUGAGGCUUUGCCUGUCUGGUCCACACUACAUCAUCUUCCAUGCCCACCUGCUCAUGCCCAGCCAGGCCUCUGCGGGGAGCACAGCCGCUGAUUGCCAUUCCUGCUGCCUUCCUCCCUCCCUGGCCCAGCCUGUGCACUGCGGGCCGUGGGUCAGGUUCUGCUCCUUUGUGGGACCUGACAUUUUUCAGUUCUUUGCUACUGAAAUAAACCACCCUGUUCUGUG